AUGAUCAAGCCAUUCCAGUACUUCUGCUUGUUCAUCGCAUGGAAGUUAAGCCAUUUUCAAGAGCGUCAUUCAAUACCCACCGCGAUGAUUCCAAACGGACGGCCCGCUAUGAAAUCCUUAGGGAACCCCGUGCUACAAUUUGUGCGUGGCAAAAGGACGAAAAGCAAGGGAACUUUGUCGCCAGCUUUACAAAGAGCUGUAACCCAGCUCAGCGUCAUGUCGGCUGGCAGGAAACAGCCCAGGAUGCUCAAACUUUCGCGGGAAGACCUCGUUAAACACCAGACGAUCCAAAACUGCUGGGCUUUGUACCAGAAAGAAUUGCGUGAAAACCGCAACACUCAGCUAAGACUGCAAUACAAAAGCACCGAGCAGGCGAUGCAGCUACUGGAACAGCUGGAUCCAGAGCUAUUCGAGGCCGCUAAUGCAUCGGAGGCCGGCAAGCGGUUCCCGCUCGAAAUGAGGGUGCCCACAGAGUACCCUCCCAACAAGAUAUGGCAUUACAACCACAAGACCAAGGAAGACUGA